AUGAGGUUCGAUCACCAAAUUUCAAAGAUAAUGAGUGAAGAACGAGGCACGGACAGCUCGAGCAGCUCACAGGGUAGGACAGUAAAUUCUCUAGCAGCUUUCAAUCAAAAGAUGCAUAGCCUAAAGUACAUUUGCAAUUUUAAAGAUAAUGAGGAAUCGACGGAGUCAAGUUUGACCUCGGGUAUUUCCUCUUCAAGUUCGGAGAUGGAAGUAGUCGAAGAAGUAAGUCUCACUGAGGCGGCCGUUGUCAGUCCAAAUGACGAGGUCUCGAACCUCAAGCAGGUGGAGGAGAUGCUGAAGAACAAUGAUCCUCGAUUGAAAUACGUCCUCAAUGGAGAUGCCAUCGAAAAUCCCUUUGUAGUCCCUCGAGAAGAGCAGUUGGAGUACCUCAAGAAUUUUUUAUGUGAACAGGAUGAGGAGGGUUUAUAUAAAUGCGCUGUUUGCGAGGCGAAGCAUCGCGAUUUGGAAAUAAUACAGCAACACCUUCUCUUGCACAGCAACUCCAAGCUCUACUUGUGCGUGCUCUGUCUCGAGGGUUUCAACACACUGACAGCAAUGCAAUCUCACACAUUGAUCCACGUUGAUGAAAGUGUGCCACGGGCACAGAGUCUCGAACAUGCGGAUAAGACGAAUGUUGUUGGAGCCAUGGAGCCUCUUCCACCUCCACCUCCUCCUCCUCCUCCACCUCCUCCACCUCGCUCACCCAAAAAGUCGGAAAGCAAACCCGCUGAAGAAUGUCGUCCUGUGCGAUACCGCUGUCCCAUUUGCGGAUUAACCUUAGAUCGCCUGGAUUUUUUGCUAGCCCACACGGAAUAUGAGCAUCCAACUGAACGAAAGGUCAUCAAUCGAAUGCGCCGUCAACUCUUGUGUGCUGCAAUUGAUCCCAUGGGAUAUCGCCGCGGCAAAGCGAGAGACGGCGACAGCUCUUCAUCUUCCUCCGACAGCUAA